AUGCCGCCGCAGCAGGAGGGGGAGGCGGGCUACAUCAGCAAGCCGCUGGCUGGCGGCUGCGAGGUGCCCCCGGUGCCCCCGCGCAGGGUCCGCAGCAGCCGGGCGGCGGCGCUGGGAGCGGCCCUGGGCAGCAGAUGCCGGGCCGGGGCGGGAGCCGAGCCGCGUCGCAGCAUCAAGUGUGUCCUGGUGGGGGACGGGGCUGUGGGCAAGACCAGCCUGGUGGUGAGUUACACCACGAAUGGGUACCCCACGGAGUACAUCCCCACCGCCUUCGACAACUUCUCCGCUGUUGUGUCUGUUGAUGGCAGACCCGUGAGACUUCAGCUCUGUGACACGGCUGGUCAGGAUGAAUUUGACAAGCUUAGACCGCUGUGCUACACCAACACAGACAUCUUCUUGCUGUGCUUCAGUGUUGUGAGCCCUUCCUCCUUCCAGAACGUGAGUGAAAAGUGGGUUCCUGAAAUACGAUGCCACUGCCCCAAAGCUCCUAUUAUUCUGGUUGGGACACAGUCGGACCUCCGAGAGGAUGUCAAAGUUCUCAUUGAGCUGGACAAGUGCAAAGAAAAGCCUGUUGCAGAAGAGGCCGCAAAGCUCUGUGCUGAGGAAAUAAAAGCAGCGUCUUACAUCGAGUGCUCAGCUUUGACUCAGAAAAAUCUCAAAGAGGUCUUUGACGCGGCCAUUGUCGCUGGCAUUCAGUACUCGGAUACCCAGCACCAACCAAAGAAAUCCAAGUGCAGGACUCCAGACAAAAUGAAAAACCUCUCCAAAUCUUGGUGGAAAAAGUAUUGUUGUUUUGUAUAG